UGUGUGUGUAUGUGGGUGUGAACUCUUGAUCAAAACAAAAACAAGUUCUAAAGCACUUUAGUAGGGUGGAAAUUGUGGAAAAAUUGUGAAGAUACACGCGUAGUAAAUAGAGUGAAAAAGAAAUGAUGGAUGGGGACAAGUAUCAAUUUUCUACAAUAGAUGUGGAUUAUAUAAAAUGUUGGGUGAAUCGAAUUUUUGUGGCUGAAAAUGAUUAUCAAUAUUUCACGGAAUAUUCACCGGAACUCAUUGCAUUGCCACCUGACAUUGUUGCUCUCAUUGUGAAUUUGUGCACAAAAUUGCACCUCAGCACUGAUAUUGAAUUUUCCUGCUUUGACACAUUUGAUUUGUACUUUUGCUGCAACUUUGACCUUAUGCAGAGGCGAAUGACCAUGAUGGUGAAUAGGGGACAAGUGAAGGGAGAAUUGGGAUGGAUUGUUGUGAAGGAGGAAUUUCUUGCGUCUUUUGAGAGGAGUGUCCUCUCUAUAGUUUCACUGGUGACUAAAUUCUUCAGUGGAAAAUCACAUGCCACAUCAAUGUUGGAGAAAUUGUGGCAAAAACUAGAACAUCCGGAGGGUAGUUCAGUGACGUUGGCUGAUAAAGAGUUGGAAGUGCUGAAAGUUCUUCACUAUAAGAUACGAAAAUCCCAAGCUUUGGAAUCAAUCGAAAUUUUUCUGAUGAUGUGUAUUCAACCAUAUCUACCAUCACGCGUGCAAGAUGUUCUGUUUCUCUCAAUCAAAAUUCUCAGGAUUGUAUAUUUAAAUCGGACCAGCAUCUAUAGCGUAUUGAAGCCAUUGCUGAAGGCAUCAAAAAAUUUUCAAGUCAUUCAGACAGAUAAAGUCCUUAUGGGAGCUUCUGUUGUAGUUACUUCAUUGAGAUUCCUUAACGUUCCUGGGUACAUUGAGGAGAAAAUACAGAAGUCUAUCUCAAAUUUGAGCAAACUCAUGGUCAAUGAUAUUAAGGUGUUGAGUAAAGAAAUGUAUCGAUUUGCAAAAUCUGUUUUCAAUGAAAAUUCCAAUAAUUGAAUUUUUGAAUAAAUAAAAACAAAAUAUUAAAAUUGUAAUAAAUUAAGUAUGAAUAUUUUAGCAGAAAGUGAGCACUCCAGAUGUAUUGGAUGAAUAAAUCAGUGUGGUGUUCUCUUAUCAGUCAUUUCACCCAUUAGCCGUUGAAUUAUCAGGGGAAAUCAUGUUGAAUAUAGAGUUCACAUAAAAGUGUAACUAGGAAUAAACAUGAGUGAGAGUGAGAGAAAAGAAGUUGCCACGAAAGACAUUGCCACGAAAAGUGAAUGACGAUGGUAAACACGUGAUCUCGCCACCUUCAUCAAUAGGAGAGACUUAGUGAUUCAGAAUGUAAUGCCGUGUAUACUGGUAUGACCGAGUGACCAAUUGAAAUGAGGAAAUUGUAUACUAUAAAAUUAUGCCAUGAACACUGCAUGAAGGAUCAAUUUAUUUAAAAAA